AUGGCAGAAAGAUUCCAGCAAAUUAUGGAGGAUUAUGCUACUAAUUAUGACCUCUAUGCUCAACAAAUUCGAGGAGAACCAGAGGAAUGUAACCUUACGGUGGAGAGUGAGUUCUGUGACAUUGAUGAUGGCAGUUCCCGUGGUUGGAAAGCUCGGAAAGUGGCUUUGCGAGCUUCAGAGUCAGUUGUUAGUCUUUCUUCCUUUUCAGAUGAAAAGAGGAUAAGAGUGGGCUCGGGAUUCAUGGUAGGGUUUAAUCGUCAUACCAAUACCAGCAAUAUCUUAACUUCAGCAACGCUGGUUAGGUCUCUUUGUGGGCAGAACAUUGUGAUUCCAGAUUUAAAGGUUAAGGUGUGUCUCCCGAAUGGGCAUAUAUCCGAGGGCUUGUUAUCCAUUGUUGAUUUUCACUAUAACAUAGCUAUUGUUGAAGUGAAAUCUGAUGAGGAACUGCCACGGCCUAUUCUUCUGUGUAAUGUCAUCAAAAGAGGAGCAGUGUUAGCAAUUGGACGAUUUUAUGAUCAUGGUGGAGUGAUGUGUGCACAAGGAAAAAUCAGAAAAGAAACCAGCACCUUUGACUGCUCAGAGCUUUUAGUAUCGAGCUGCCACACGACCAUGGCGGGUGUUGGAGGGCCCCUUGUAGAUUAUAGUGGUCAUGUCGUGGGUAUCAAUUUCUACGGAGAGAAACACACCCCUUUUCUUUCAUCAGCGAUUAUUAUAAGAUGCUUGGAUCAUUGGGCGUCCUGGGGACAAGUUAACCGACCAUGGCUUGGAUGCAUCUGCACAUCUGUUGAUAUGUUGCCACUUCGUGUUUUGGAGAAAUGCACCUAUCUUAACGAGGGUUUGUAUAUUUCAGAUGUUGUUAAGGGAUCACCAUUUGAUGUUGCUGGGCUAUCAGCUGGUGAUGUUUUGAUUGAAUGUGCUGGAGAAGUACUUAGUACUGCUGCCCAGUUAGGUGCACUGCUACUUGAUCUGUGCCACAAAUAUCUGAGGGGUUAUGUUGAGAGCAAGAUGACCGUGGAGGUUGUUGUCUGGAAGCAAAAGGAUGGCAGGAAAUCAAGGAAGAUAGUGAAAACCAAUUUAUUAAGCCACUGCAACUUUUACAGAUGGCUUGAUCCAUUGCCCAGGUACAACGAUAAGAAGAUGGUGAUGGCAAGGGACGUUAUGGAGCUUUAUUAUAAAGUCCUUGCCCAAGGAGCAAGAUUCACAAUGAAGCCGUGA